CUCUUAAUGACAUCAUUUAUUGUCUACUGGAAAUCAAUUUAGGAAAUCAUGUUAGUCCACUAAGCACUUCAGAUAAGGUGAUUUCAUGAAACAUUCCAAGAUUAUCACAGGGAAUUGCUUUCAUAUGCCAUAAAAGAAGAAAGAAGCAGAAUAUGACCUGCUGAAGGAGUUUACAAUUUUACAGCUCCUCCCACUGCAGCACAAAAGUCACUUAGUGACAGUUAACUUUGGGUUAUCAUUCACGGAUUGAAAGCCUAGCAGGCCUCACACACUCUAGGCUUGGGUGACAUUGUAUGUGUGUUUCUAAAUCAAUGAUGAGGGUAUCGGAACCAAUAUUGGACAUGGAUAUGGCAAAUUACAGUGAAGUUUUGGACCCAACAUAUACAACCUUGGAAUUUGAAACUAUGCAGAUUCUGUAUAAUUCAAAUGAUAGUUCUGCCCCAGAGACAACAAGUAUGAGUACCACAGACAAUGGUGUCAACUGUCUAUGUGCUAUAUGUGGGGACAGAGCAACAGGAAAACACUAUGGAGCAUCCAGCUGUGAUGGGUGCAAAGGCUUCUUCAGGCGCAGCAUUCGCAAGAGUCACGUGUAUUCCUGCAGGUUCAGUCGGCAAUGUGUUGUUGACAAGGACAAAAGGAAUCAAUGUAGAUAUUGUCGAUUAAGAAAGUGUUUUAGAGCAGGAAUGAAAAAAGAAGCUGUGCAAAAUGAACGUGACAGAAUCAGCACCAGAAGAAGCACUUUUGAUGGAAGCAACAUUCCCUCCAUUAACACAUUGGCGCAGGCAGAGCUCCGGUCUCGCCAGAUUUCAGCCUCAAGCCCUGGUGCAAGCACAGACAUAAAUGUUAAAAAAUUUGCAAACAUUGGUGAUGUUUGUGAAUCUAUGAAACAGCAGCUCUUGGUCUUGGUGGAAUGGGCAAAAUAUAUUCCUGCCUUCUGUGAGUUACCACUGGAUGAUCAGGUGGCCCUGCUGAGAGCUCAUGCAGGGGAACAUUUACUGCUUGGAGCUACAAAGAGAUCCAUGGUGUAUAAAGAUAUUUUGCUUUUGGGAAACAACUACAUUAUUCAGCGCAACAGCUGUGAAGUCGAGAUCAGCCGUGUGGCCAACCGGGUUCUAGAUGAGCUGGUCCGACCAUUUCAGGAAAUCCAGAUUGAUGACAAUGAAUAUGCUUGUUUGAAGGCAAUUGUGUUUUUUGAUCCAGAUGCGAAAGGACUAAGCGAUCCAGUGAAGAUUAAGAACAUGCGGUUCCAGGUGCAGCUGAGCCUGGAGGACUACAUCAAUGACCGGCAGUAUGACUCGCGCGGUCGGUUCGGGGAGCUGCUGUUGCUGCUGCCAACGCUGCAGAGCAUCACUUGGCAGAUGAUUGAGCAGAUUCAGUUUGUCAAACUCUUUGGGAUGGUUAAAAUUGACAACCUCCUGCAGGAAAUGCUGCUGGGUGGUGCUUCCAAUGAUGUUAGCCAUGUCCAUCAUCCAAUGCAUCCACAUUUGUCUCAAGAUCCAUUAACUGGACAAACCAUACUUCUAGGCCCUAUGUCAACACUGGUUCAUACAGACCAAAUCUCAACUCCUGAAACCCCACUCCCUUCCCCACCACAAGGCUCUGGACAAGAACAAUACAAAAUAGCUGCAAACCAAGCUUCAGUUAUUUCACACCAGUCUCUCUCCAAACAAAAGCAAUUGUGAGGAAAUGUUUACUUCUGAACAGCACUGAAUAAAUGUGAAAAAUUACUGGUCUUGAAAUGUCUCAGGAUAGUGCUUUUGGCAAACUCUUAGCUAAGGCUUCUUCAUGGUGCUGUUGUAAGAUGGUAACCUAUUUUGUUGUUUUUAGGCUCAUUUUGUUUGUUGUUGCUAUUGUCUGGAACUGUCAGUUGCAACCACUGUAUUAUUUGAGUUUUGAUGUUUAUAUCACAUGAUUUUUCCAGCUUCCUUAGCACUGUACUUUAAGCAGUCGAAUCUUAUGUACUACUUUCAUUUGUUGCCUUAAUAUUAAUUUAAACCUGUAAAUAGCUGCUUCAUUGUUAUGUCACACAGAACUAAGUGUUCUUUUUGACUGUGAAUAUUAGAUCAGAAAUCUCAGAUUAAUAUAAAGUGAACCAAGUUUUUAGUAAAUUUUAAACUUGCAAAUUAGAAAAAAUACAGCAGUUGCCAUAGAAUAAGGCAUAGAUCUUUGAAGAUCACUUAUAGAUAUCCUGUGAUCCGGAAGUGUCUUUCUGGCCCACAGUUAAAUAUGCCUAUUUUAAGUUUAGAAAAAUAUAAAUAGCCAUUCCAAGGAUGGCUGGAUAUUCUUUCAAAUUUGACUAUAUUUGAAGGUGUAUCAUAUGAUAAAAGGUGUUAGUUUUAGCAGAUGGGUUAGUUUUAGCGCAGGCUAAACU